CAAUUCUCAUUUUCGGAUCGAAAUUAGCGGGCAUCAACGUGAAACGUUUCGCUCUCUGUAUCAAAAAAUAUUUUUUUUUUGUUAGAUAUGUAGCGUUUGAAGUUAUGUAGAUGCGUAUUGUUGUAUCUUAAGUUGCCUAGUUACAAUAUUUUCGUUGAUUUCAUAUUGUUUUUUAUUUUAAAUGGUUUUAAAAAAUUAAUUUUAAAUACACAUGUUUUUAACAAUUUGAUUGCGCGGUCGCCAUCUUGAUGUGUAUAAAUUAUUAAUUCAGAAUAAAUUAACAGAAAAACCGAAUUUAUCGAUUUAUUAUCAAGGCUGGAACAAAAUAAAGACUUUAGUUAUGCUAUAUCAAGUUUUAUCAAGCAAAUAAUAAAAUCUUAUUUCAAAUUUACUCAAUCCAAAACAUCGCCUUAAUCAUGUCCCAUAGUGCCGCUUCACUGGUAAAUCUUUGGGAAUAUGAAGGACAAAACAAUGCAACAACCUCUGUUGGAAAUAAAAGUACUGAUCCUAAUGUUCGAACACUGUCACCUGUUAAAGCAGAUCUUAUUAAGUACUAUAAGAAGCAUGGACUGGAAAAUAUUGCCAAAGAAGUUGGAAUUAUUCGUCCCAAUGGAGAAAUUACUAGUGGUAAAAACACCAAUCAACCUAGAGAGCUUAGAGCCCAGAUCAUUACUCUACCUGUUGUUAGUACACCUACAACAAUAGCCAUGUCACCUUUUAAGGUGGAGCCAGCUAUCUUACCAAAAACUGUUCAUUUACCUAGUUCUCCUGUGAUUCUCAGCACUCCACAAAGAGUUGUUGCAAAUGUUAUCAACAAUACACGGACUCCACAACAUUUGCUACCAGCUCCUGAACAUACUAUUAGUGGUUGGUCAGCAAAGCGUCCCUAUGACUGUUCUGAAGAGUAUCCUGAAAGCAAGCGGUGCAAGAAGGGAGAAAAAGGGGGCAAGGGCCUUCGUCACUUUUCUAUGAAAGUAUGUGAAAAAGUGCGAAAAAAAGGAACAACCUCCUAUAAUGAAGUGGCCGAUGAGCUGGUCGCAGAGUUUUCUGAUCCUCAUCGGCAUAUGUGUCCAACAGACCAGGCUUAUGAUCAGAAAAACAUACGAAGAAGAGUGUAUGAUGCUUUAAAUGUUUUAAUGGCCAUGAAUAUUAUUUCAAAAGAAAAGAAAGAAAUUAAAUGGCUUGGGUUGCCAACUAAUUCUGCUCAGGAGUAUCAUAAUUUAGAAAAAGAAAAAUUGAAAAGAAUUGAAAAAAUUAGACUGAAGACACAACAUUUACAAGAAUUAAUACUUCAACAAAUAGCCAUAAAAAAUUUAGUUGCAAGAAAUAGGGAAAUGGACCGUCAAAGAAAAGGGCCACCUCCAACUAACAAAAUUCGUCUGCCAUUUAUUUUAUUAAAUACUCAUAAGGACACUGUUAUUGAUUGCAACAUUUCUGGUGAUAAGAAAGAAUAUAAAUUCUGCUUUAAUGAUGUAUUUCAAAUCAGUGAUGACACUGAUGUUCUGAAGAGAAUGGGUUUGGACUGUGGUUUAGACAAAGGCACGAGUACUCCUGAAGAAGUGAAUAAAGCAAAAAGUCUGGUUCCUAAAGCUUUACAACCUUAUAUCACAUUAAUGUCUCAGGGAAAAACUGAUUUGCCACCUGGAAUGAUUUCUGAAGGAAAUGGGGUGAAAAUUGAAAGUGAAUAUUUGAAUGAUCCAUCCAGAUAUGUUUUCUGUGAACUACAAGAAGCUUCAUCUUCAUCUUCUGGUCCUGGGUCAGAGUAUGUGGACAUAGAGAACACUCUGAGUAGUACCAAAUCUGUGUUAUCUCGUCAGUCAAGUGUUGGUUCUCUCUCAGAUCUGCCAUCUCGUCCUGGGACUAGCACACCCUCUGAAGAUUUCUCUGAUUGCGAAUCUGAGUCGCUUGAUGGAGAAGAAUCAAAUUAAAAGGUCCAUAAUGCAAGAAAAAAAACAAUUCUUUCUUUUUUUUAAAUUUUAGGCAUUAUUUAACAUUUUGUCAUAUCACAGUUUGAUUCAAAAAUAAAAUGCUCGCAAACAUGCGAGAACUAGCAUGCCAUUUUUGCGAUUCUCUGACUGACAGAAUACCAUGUACCUGAAGUGCACUGAAUACUCUACUAAGACUUAUACCUUUCUCUGACUAUCUAGGCAAGAAUUUGACUUGCCUUUGUGAUCAAGCCUCCUUCCAUCCAGUACUGUUCUUUUCUCUUUGUAUGCAAAACAGAGUGUGCAUUGUAUGAACUGUAUAGUGGAUGCUGGAAUUCCAUUCAUGUUUUGUAUUGUCUUGCAUCUCCUGGGUUGAUAGCCAGUGGAUGAAGUCGAUUCUUUCUCUUUAUUUUUUAAAAACAAAGAAAUCUUCAUGAUAGAACUUAUGUACAGGUCACCAAUUUGUGUGACAUUUUUUUUCUCUCCCAAGUGUGCAGAUGAGAUAUAUUUGUGCUAAAACAUUUCUGAAAAAUAUUAGAACAAUGCCAUUAUUACCAAAUGUACACGCACAAGUCUUGUGUAACAAGAUGAACUAUGCCCAAAUAUUUUUCAUUUCCUCUGAUUUUUUUUCUUUCAUACACCACAUAGUCAAUUUUUUCUUUCUUUUUUUAGCUCAAGGAAAACAAAAUGGCAGAAUAUUUUGUGGUAUUCCCAGAAAUUCUAGCAUGAUAUCUUUCCAUCUCUUUAUUUUUUCAUAUUUUUAAUUUAUCACAUCUUUUUUCCCCCCCUGUCAUAGUCUGUUAUUAUUGAGUGAAAUCACAGCUACCAAUGAUCUUAGCCGAGUUAAUCUACCAGAAAGGCAUAAAAGUUUAUCCUGGUAUUUUUAGGAAAUAUAAUUUUUGCACUAGCUUAUCUUAAGGAUAAAUUUUCUGUAGCUCAGGCAAAUUAAAAGGCAUGUUGUUUUUUAAUGUAUGUGAUAAAUGAAACCUUGACUUACAGCAGCAGUUAGUUUGACUAUUUUAUGCACUGUGAUACAGUUCAACUGAUAUUUCAAUAGUAGCAACAUGCCCAAGUAUGUGAAACUUUAGUUGGUAGCUCUGAUCUCACAUUUUGACAAGGAUAAAUUUUCCAUCUGCAUAUUAAUGUGUUUUCGAUUUCUGUCAACGAAGUAGAAUAUCAAUCUCAGCCAUAAUGGAAUGACUUUUAAGUAGAGCUUAAAUAUAUCACAGUUUGUAAAGCAAAAUUAGUUUUCAUUGUGCUUUUUGUAAAAUCUCCCAUUUUUAACUUUGUAAAUUCUUUUCCUUAAAAUUUUUCUCCCUAAAUUUUUUAUUUUUCUGUGUUAAAUGAUAGCAAUUUUUGAAGGGGUUAUGAGAAGAUUAAAGUUAAAAUUGGAUAUUUGCUUCAAACCACAGUGCCAAAUAACAGCUAAUUCUGGAAUAUUCUGUACGUAUGAAGGACAAUUAUGUACACAUUCAAAAGUUUUUGCAAACCUUUUUAUGAUUAAUGGAGUUUUAAGCUUGGGAUUAAUCAUAGGAAAUGUAAUUUUAAAUUAAGAAAAGUGUAAUGCAACUUCAAGUUUGACAACUUAAAAUGCUAGUCGAUUUAAAACAUCAUUUCAUUUUGUACGGGUUAUUAAAAGUAUAAUUUACUGUGUAGUCUCAUUGCACUGUUAUUUUCUGUAUAGUUAACAGUAAUUAUAGCUCGAUAUUGUAUGUUGCUUUCGUUUUGUGUUCUUAUUAAUAUACAUUAUUUCAAGUACUUCAUUUUAUCAGGGCCAGUUUCUCUUUUAUGAUUUCUAAUUAAUGGAAAUGGAUUUUAUAAACUGGUUUUAGAUACAAUAAAUUGUAAAAUCAUCUAGUCUGAUUACAAGCAAGACAAAUUUUGUUUAAACCUGCAAGAAAAAAAAAUUAUGCUCUAUAAUAAUUGCAUCUUGUAAUACUGUAAAUUUGUUACUUUCCAGUUUAUUAUGAGUUGCUGAUGUUAAGUUUUUCAACUUUGUGGAGCCGUUUUAAUUAUGAAAGCUUUGAAAAUGUAUAUUUGUUUUAUAUCUUUAUGAAAUUUUAGACAUAGAAAUAUUGGUUUUAACAGAUUUCAUACUCUAUGGUUGAAUGAUUUGUUAUACAUUAUAUAAAUAUUUUACCAAAAAAUUUUUACCUGCAUAGGUUGUCAUAGUGGCAUUGGAAAGAAACUUGGAUGAGUGGCUGAAUGAAUGAGUUUUAUAAAUUAUUUACCCAUCAUUGCUAUUUAUUUUAUUUACAUUAAUUUGAACUAAGAUUCAGUAUUAUACUUUUUAUAUUUAGCUUGAUUUCUUAAGAAGUGGAAUUAAAAUUAUAACUGAAGUUAUCCUCCCAUUCCAGCAAUAAAAGUUGAAAGUUUUAAUUUUCAGACUCAAAGAUUUAUUGUUAUAUGUAUUUUACAUGUAAAGCCAUUAAAUGUACACAUUGUUGUAUAAACUGCUUUGUGUGUCAAGUAGUUAACAUGUUUUAAAA